UUAACAUUACCCAAAUUCUCGUAUUGUAUAUAUAGUGUCAUUGGAGCUGUUAUUUGUUGCCUGAUUGUCCUUCUGGAGCGGUAGUGGCCUGUUUCCCUCCCCCUGUUGUGUGUUGCUUUUUUUUAUUAUUAUUUUUUUUUCUCCCUCUGGCUUAGAAGUGUCAAUCACGUCCCUUCUGCCAUUGGCUGGAGAGUUUGCGUCAAAAAGUUGCCAGUGAGGCGCCUUCUCAGCAAAUGUUCACAAGAGAGGGACAGACCCUGAGCUCUGAGCAAGUCUAUAGUAUGUUACAAGCCCAGCACAAGAUCCUCCUCCUGCUGCCCCUUUGUAUGUGGCUGAAGAGGGAUAUCACAUCUUUAAGCUUCUAGUUUGCUCUUAGUCCUACCAGGAAGGGUGAAGAGACAGAUUUAUUUAUUUAUUUUUUUACCCAUAUAACCAACUUGUUUCAAUUUCGUUCCAAGAUAAAGUCCCGGUACCUAUCAGAAGCAUUCUAUAUACGUAUUAAAGUAAACUGAGCCGAAGGAAGACUGUGCCGUGGGUCCAUACACCACCACCACCACUUGCCACCACGAUUCCGGACUGCUUUGCCAUUUGUGCUCCACGCCAAAAUUUUAGCAUGAUGUCUUAUCUUAAGCAACCACCUUAUGCAGUCAAUGGACUCAGCCUCACUACCUCCGGCAUGGAUUUGCUGCAUCCGUCUGUGGGAUAUCCUGCUAUGUUUUUAGCUACCCCCAGAAAGCAAAGGAGAGAACGAACAACGUUCACCAGAGCCCAGCUCGAUGUACUUGAAGCCCUUUUUGCCAAAACUCGUUACCCCGAUAUCUUCAUGCGAGAAGAGGUGGCGCUAAAGAUUAAUCUGCCGGAGUCCAGAGUGCAGGUGUGGUUCAAGAAUCGUCGGGCAAAAUGCCGCCAGCAGCAACAGCAGCAGCAAAAUGGAGGCCAGAACAAAGUGAGGCCUACAAAGAAAAAGACCUCUCCUGCUAGGGAGGUCAGCUCAGAGAGUGGCACCAGUGGCCAGUUCACCCCACCCUGCAGCACCUCUGUGCCAGUCAUCUCCAGUAGCACAGCUCCCGUGUCUAUAUGGAGCCCAGCUUCCAUCUCUCCUCUGUCUGAUCCCCUCUCUACAUCCUCUUCGUGUAUGCAGAGGUCUUACCCCAUGACCUACACCCAGGCUUCAGGCUAUAGUCAAGGAUAUGCAGGCUCAACGUCUUAUUUUGGAGGAAUGGACUGUGGAUCUUAUUUGACCCCUAUGCACCAUCAGCUUCCUGGACCUGGAGCUACACUAAGUCCGAUGGGCACCAACGCAGUGGCCAGCCAUCUUAACCAGUCUCCAGCUUCACUGUCCACUCAAGCCUAUGGAGCAUCUAGCUUGGGUUUCAACUCCACUGCUGAUUGUUUGGAUUACAAAGACCAAACAGCCUCCUGGAAGCUAAACUUCAACGCUGACUGCUUGGAUUAUAAAGAUCAGACAUCAUCUUGGAAGUUCCAGGUUUUGUGAAGCUCAUUUGUAGCAAGUGGGAACUUUCGGUUUUUGUGACAAACACAGUUUGACAUUCCAGAUUUAGCCAUGAAUUGGUCGAAGAAGACAAAAACACAAACACUUUAUUCUCGUUCACAAAACCCCUUGCUCGAAGAAGUUCUGGAGUGAUUCUCAAUAAACUUCUCGUGAUAGGGGGAGGAGGGGGAUGGGGGAG